AUGUCCGCGUCGAUACUGGCUGCAAGCUUUGCAAGUCUGUCGCUAAAGAUAUCGGAUCCAAAACUCAUGAAGCAGGCUAGAGUCCAAUACGCCAGCGCACUAUGCCAAACGAAUCAAGCACUUAGCUCCCCGAAACUUGCCGUCGAGGAUAGCACUCUAGCUGCCGUGCUUCUUCUGGGACUGUUCGAGGCCAUCGUCUUUUCCGGACAGCAGUCUAUGGAUAGCUGGAAUCAGCACACGCUUGGAUCCGUAGAGUUGUUGCGCCUGCGUGGAAGUCGGCAAUUUGAGACUGCUCUCGGCCGCAAGCUUUUUGUUCACUCUGCAAACAACAUCCGCACGAGUUGCGCGCAUAGCAAAACACCAGUCCCGACCCGAUUCAUAGCGCUAUACGAUAAAGCACAGCCGUAUCUUGAUCACAACGACCCUUUCCUCAAAGUCACCCCCGUUCUCGACAGGGUCGCCACUCUACGGUCAAGGAUAGCCUAUUUGGAGGACUCGGAGAGACAUGAGAUCCUUGUUGAAGCUCUUAGUUUGGACGCGGCGACAGCGAAGCUUGGGCAAGAAGUCUCGGCAGAAUGGAGGUUCACGGCAAGGGACCCAUAUGAGAGGGCACCAAUGACAUACAAGGGAAUGUCUUUUCGCUACCCUUCUCUUCGAGCGCUGCGGUACUGGAACUCUUUGAGAAUCAUUCGCAUGUUUCUCAACGACCUUAUUUGGAUGCAAGCAUCCUUGAGCCUCCUUCAGGGUCCCACAUCAGCCACUGCGGACUACUUUGCCAUGCAGGAGGCCGCGAUGCGGAAAAUGUCGACUCUGGUGAUUGAGGUACUCGCCAGUUGUGGCGAGUAUCUAGAAACCACCGAAGACCGAUUCUCUGUUACGGCGAGAUGCUUGAUCUGGCCAUUAUCAGUCAUUGCUGAGAUUUCCAUCACGCCCCCAGACGCUCGACGCUUCGCCCUCGACUGCCUGGACCGGCUGAGCCGCGACGGCCGUAUUCCACGACCGAUUGAAGUCGCAAACACAAUGAUGGGCCUUCAGGCUGACUGGUAA